AUGGCUCAAAUUGAACACAAACUUACUCUUGUUCGCAACGCAUCACUGCCCACUGCUGGAUCAAGUGAAUCCCAAGCUAGUCAUGAGGAACUUCUCGAACAAGUGGUGUGGGCUGAAGAUGCAGCAAGACGAGCCACAAAUGAGGCAGUAGAAGCUCGAGCAAAAGCUGCUGGGGCAAGAGCUGAAGUUGCAGAACUAAGAGCUGAACUUCAAGCCUUCCAGAACUCCAAUGAACUUCGACAGGACGUGAUCAAAGCCCUACUCGAUGACCUGUCGAACCAAGUACCUGCUCAGCUUCAAUCGCUUUUUGAAGCAAUUCAAGUAGCUGAAGAACGACAACAAACUGACCAAUUUGCAAAGUGGAUUGCUGAUAUUGGUGACGGAGUAAGUUCGGAAUGCACUAAUGAAGAAGAUGAUCUUAUUAUUCCUAACCACAUAUUGUUGCAGUAUAUUGAUAAUCCUAUUGCUGCAAUGGUUGAAAGCACAUUUCUUAAUUAUGAAACUGCAUGCACUGACUCUCAAUUCCUACAUAGCCGUGCAAUUUUGGCUCCAACUUUGGAUGUGGUAGAUGGCAUCAACGAUUAUAUGAAUGAAAUGAACAAUGGAGACUCCAAAACAUAUCUCAGUUGUGAUACAGUGUGUAAAGCAUAUGAUUCAGCAGAUACGCUAGGAGAUUUGCAUACACCUGAGUUCCUCAAUGGCUUACGGUGUUCUGGAAUACCGAACCAUUUUUUGACUAUUAAAGUUGGAUCACCUGUCAUGCUUUUGAGAAAUAUUGAUCACUCAUUAGGACUCUGCAACGGUACUAGGUUAAUUGUUACAAGGUUGGUUGAUCACGUUUUGGAGGCUAAAAUCAUGUCUGGAACGCAUGAAGAAACAAAAGUUCUUAUUCCUAGGAUGUCGUUAACACCUUCUGACACAAGAUUGCCAUUCAAGUUCCAAAGAAAACAGUUUCCAUUGAUGUUAUUAUAUGCCAUGACAAUCAAUAAAAGUCAAGUUUCGCAGACUAGUUUCGCGGAAACCAGUCAAGACCGGCUUCACCGAAACCAGUCUACGGAACUGGUUUCCGCGAAACCAGUCCAAUACUUUCCGGUGAGGCGAAUUAAAGAAGCAGAAAAGAAGGAAGAAGCGGAUGAAAGAGGGUACACCAUGAGGAAGAGAAAGUCUCCCCAGAAAAAGAGGAAGUCAUUUUCCGGAAAAAAAUGCUUUGUUUUCUUUUGA